UUUUUCGCCCGGGCAUCGCUCAAAAUUCGAGAAUCAAAGCUAUCGGGACUCCGUAUUUAUUCUGGUCGCCAGGCUUGCCAGAGGACUGAUGGGUAUUGUUAGCAAGGCACUUAUCAGGCGGCAAUUUUCUGCGUUGCUCCGGGCGCAAUUUGCAUCCCAUAAAUGCACGACCCGCAAAGCGUCUACUGCUCUCGAUGCCACCCUCGGGCUCAGCGAGGAACAGAUCCAGAUGCAGAAAACUGCCUCCGACUUUGCUGAAAAAGAAUUCCUGCCAUACAUGCAAGAAUGGGACGAAAAAGAGAUAUUCCCCGUGGAGGCGAUGCGCAAGGCCGGCGAGCUGGGCUUCGGCGGCGUGUACAUAUCGGACCAGUACGGGGGAGCGGGACUGAGCAGGCUCGACGCAUCGGUCAUCUUCGAGGCUCUGGCCAAGGGAUGCGUCAGCACCACCGCAUACAUCACGGUGCACCACAUGGCGUUGUGGAUGAUCGACCGGUACGGGACCCACGAACAGAAGCAGAGGUGGCUGCCCGACCUGUGCUCUAUGAAGAAGUGUGCGUCGUACUGCCUCACCGAGCCCGGCAGCGGCAGCGACGCCGCGUCCAUCAGCACGACGGCCAAACGCGACGGCGACGACUACGUCCUCAACGGCACCAAGGCAUUCAUCAGCGGCUCCGGUGCGAGCCAAGUGUACGUGGUGAUGUGCCGCACCGGUGGAGCGGGUCCGAAGGGAAUCUCGGCCGUGGUCGUCGAGAAAGGCACGCCCGGCCUCAGCUUCGGCAAAAAGGAGAAGAAGCUUGGCUGGAACUCCCAGCCGACGCGCAUGGUCAUCUUCGAGGACUGCCGCGUGCCCGUGUCGCACCGGCUCGGCGAAGAAGGCCAGGGUUUCACCAUCGCCAUGGAAGGCCUCAACGGAGGGCGCAUCAACAUCGCCUCUUGUUCGGUGGGAGCCGCCGCUGCAAGCAUCGGCAUCGUCACAGAGCACAUGAAGGUUCGGAAGCAGUUCGGAAGCCCUCUGGCAUCUUACCAGCACAACCAAUUCUGCCUGGCGAGGAUGGCGACGAAGCUUCAGUCGGCGCGCCUCAUCGUGCGCAAAGCAGCCGAGGCGAUCGACGAGGACCGGCCAGAGAAGGUCACCUUGUGCUGCAUGGCCAAGCUGCAUGGCACGGAAGAGAGUUUCAAGAUUACUAACCAAGCGCUGCAGAUGCUGGGUGGUUACGGAUUCAUCAAGGAGUACCCCGUGCAACAGUACCUGCGAGACCUUCGUGCCCACAUGAUCAUUGAAGGAACAAACGAAGUCAUGCAGAUGGUGAUUUCCAAAGACAUCCUAAAAGGAUAAAGACGAUAUAAGUGCCAGCAUUACCUGUACCAGGCGGAGACGACGCUAUGAAACUGCGACCACCAUGGUGUUCGUACGCUCUUUCCAAAAUGCAGCCGACCGUUGGCGGGCAUGUGGGUUACAAACUGUACUCUCCGCUCACGGCGUUCUCUGCACCAGGAGGUGCCAGCACACUGCUCUUUCUGUGCCCUCAUCAAAAUCGUGUGCCGUUCCAUUAUAUAUCAAUUUAUUGUCAGAAUCUUCGUAGCUACGUAUUAAGCGAGCCUACGUAAUAUGCGCAAAUAAAUCACGGGAGGUAUUGGAGAUACGCUCGCUGCCGUGACACAAGUAUCAUGUGCUGUCUGAUUUAAACAUUGCCUAUGAUUUUCUUCUGACAAUCUUUAUCGUAAUGCCACGCAAGUUGAAGCGACGUAUCAUCGGUUAUUACUGACAUCCAACGCGCUUAUAGCAGCGUUAGCGCUUACAUACAGACUGAAGGCGGAAUCGCACGCUUUGUGCGUCAAGGUUUCAGCCGCAAAGCGCACAAAGCAUGCAGUUAUAAUAGCCAACGCGCAGGAAGAUCACAUUGCGCAUAUGUGGAUCACUGAAAUUAUUAAUAAACCCGAAGACGCAAAUUGACGCAUCUUAAGGGCUGUUUUUGUAAUUGGAUAGACUAGGGAGGUUUAUGUGCAACUUUCGUGUUUCCCGAAACGUAAUAACUGCAUUGUCCAGUUAUAUACCCCUUUUCAGAUUUAUAAUAACGCCAUAAAAUAAGGAGCCUUGAUAAACGCCUCGCCGUGGUAACAUCGCCCUAACCCUAGCGCUCUCCUACAGACGCUCUGAUGUAUUUUGUAACAGGGUUGUCGCAGUUAUGUUGUAGAGAAUAAAAAAUACAAAUUACA